AAUUCCCAAUUAAAAGUUGUUUGACAACAACUAAUAUAAAUUAAUUUCAGUUAAUUGAUAUGUCACUUAUAUUUUACAUAGUUAAAAUUUACUCUCGAAGCCAAUAAAAUUUACUAUUUAAUAUAUAAUGUAUAGUUAUAAACACUUUCUUUUCAAUGCAAUCUAAAAUUCUUGUCACUUCAUAUAAUAUUCAUUUUCAGUACUAUGUAUGUUAUUUCAUCGUAAAUUAUCUUAGGCAGAUUAAUAAAUUUUAAUCUAACUGUCAAUAAACAAAUUAUAUUGCUUUUAUUUCCACACAGAAUAUGAAUUAUCUAUCUAUUAUUUAACAAGUUAUGAUUAAAAUUCAUAAACAUACAACUUCAUCAUUCUGUAAGAUAAACACAAAGUGUAUAGCAGUGCCAAAAAUGAAUCAGUUCUUCCGUAAUAAACGAGUGUUAGUCACUGGUGCAGCUAAUGGAAUUGGACGUGGUAUCACACAGCGUCUGGUUGGUUUGGGAAGUACGGUUUUGGCACUGGAUAUUUCUGCAGAACAACUAAAACCAUUACAGAAACAAUUUCCCUCCCUUGAACCAGUUCAGGUAGACUUGAGUGACUGGAGCGCAACUAAAAAAGCUGUCAAGUCCCUUUAUCCAAUAGAUCUUUGUGUGAACAAUGCUGGCGUUGCUAUCUGUGAAAACAUGCUGCAAGUUUCAGAACAGUCAUACGAUAAAUCUUUCAACGUAAACGCCAAAGCAGUGUUCAACGUAAGCCAAGCGGUAAUCGAAAAUUUGAUCUCAAGAAAUUCGCCAGGUUCAAUAGUGAACAUUUCGUCGAAAGCUUCUAAGGCAGCUCUGCCAGAUCUCAGCGUGUAUUGCGCCACAAAAGGAGCGGUCGACGGUUUAACCAGAGCUUUAGCUAUGGAAUUUGGACCGAAGAAAAUCAGAAUCAAUUCAGUUAAUCCGACUAUUGUUAUGACGGAUCUUGGAAAACAAGCCUGGCAUGAUGUCAACAAACGGGAACCCAUGCUGGCCAAAAUUCCCCUGGAAAGGUUUGCUGAUGUUGAGGAUGUUGUAGACGCUGUUAUAUUCCUUCUGAGCGACAAAUCUUCCAUGAUAACCGGAUCGUGUUUGCCUGUGGAUGGAGGCUUUUUAGCUUGUUGAAUAAUUGAUUUCAUUGUUGACACUUUUUAUUAAAUAAAAUUAUUAUUAUUUGGCUUA